AUGAUCUUUUCGUGUUAUUGUAUUAUAUAUGGUCCUAUUGGUUCUAUAAACAAAGGAUUGUUCAUCUUAUUAUCGAUUUUAUUUUGGUGUUUUUAUAUGAUUCUAUUUAUUCCUCCUAUUCGUUAUUAUCAAUGGUAUCAACGUGUUGCUGAUCGACGCUCAUUAUGUCAAAUAAUUCCUACAUUUGCAUAUGUAAAUGUUCCAAAUGUACUCAAUGUCUUAUCAAAUAUUCCAUUGAUAUUUAUUGGAACAUUUGGUAUUCUUUUACUUUCAUCAUCGAAAAGCAUCGUUCGUCAAAAUACAUUCGAACAAUUUACUUGGAUCAUAUUUUUUAUAUGUGUUACUUUGACUUCUAUUUGCUCAUCUUAUUAUCAUUUUCGACCAACAAAUCGUUCUCCUCUUUGGAAUCAUUUUCCGAUAUCCAUUGGAUUUUUAUCACUGAUCACCCUGCUCAUUGAUGAACGUAUUAAUCCCGUUCUUAGUCGAAUUCUCUUUCCAUUUCUAAUCAUUUCUAAUUUGACAUCAUGUAUUUACUGGUAUUAUCAAGAUGAUCUUCGUCCUCAUCUUCUUAUUCAAUUUUUCCCGAUGAUUUAUAUUCCAUUCUUAUUGUUAAUAUCAUCAUCAGUCUAUAGUCAAACAUCUUGUUACGUCUAUGCGUGUUUUCUUUGUAUAUUGGCACAAUUGAGUGAAAUAGGAGAUAAACAAGUAUUUCGUUUUACAUCGAAAAUAAUUAGCGGACAUACGCUGAAACAUAUUCUAUCUGCGUGCAGUUUUCUCAUUAUUUUGUAUAUGUUAAAAGUUCGAGUCAUUUUGUAA